CAAUAUUGCGCGUGGGUCUCCGAUUCGCGGAGGGCCUGGCGUCAAAACUUCUGAGAGAACCUUAAAACCCUAAGCUGAACCCAGAUGGGCCAGGCGUUCAACAAACUUGCCGGCGAGCAUGGUGCCGGCAACGGCGAGGGUCACUCCAAGGAAGCAGCCGUCGCCAAAACUGCCGGAUUCUUCGUCUUCUCUGGAAUCGCCAUGAGCAUCCUCAAAGCUCUCAACUCUUGCAACAACAACGACAACAAACUCCUAACCCACUCAGUGACUGAACCAAGUCAACUGAAUGACCCACCCCACUCUCGAGAACCCGUCUUCAAGGAGAAAAUUGAUUGUACGGACAAGGAGGUUCGGAAGUCGACGCAGAAGACUAUAGAUAUUGUGAAGGGAGAUACACUGUGGGGUCUCUCUAGAAAACAUGGGGUAUCAAUUGAUGCUAUUAAAGAGGCAAAUGGGCUUACCGGGGACACCAUCUAUGCCGGCAAGAAACUUGUUAUUCCAUGAUGCAAAUCCUUGCUCUUAAUUUCGGCUUUUCGGUUUUCUCUUCUGAUUAUGUUGUUGGUUGUGUGUUGUGUAAGAUAAAAAUGGUUCUGAGAAUCCUAUUUUUUCUUGUUCCUUCUCAAAACCUGUUCUAAGCAAUUUGGAAAUGGCAUGUUAGAAUUGUGGACAUUUUGUUUUGAAAUGAAAUGAGAAAGAGAUGGCUAAACAUUUCUUGAAAUGGUGUAUAUCUAUGGAAAAAUGGUUAUUGGUCA